CACACACAGACACACACAAAGCUGUAGAUAUGGUGCCUGUGGUUUUCUUCGUCCUCAUCCUCCUCACAGGUGGAACAUCCUCGGAGAGCGUGUGCAGCUACCAAGACGUUGUGGAUUAUCUGAACCUGACCACAGACAACAGUUUGUUCAAACUGACCCGACCCGUUCUGGACCACACGCACCAGACCACCGUACAGCUGGACAUCCUCCUCUACGCCAUCCUGGCUGUGCAGUGGAACAAUGAAUUCAUUUCAUGGGAUCCUGCUCAGUUCUGUGGAAUAACUCAGAUUUUAAUUCCCAAAGAAAUGCUGUGGAGACCAGACAUUUUCAUCUAUGAGAUGGUGCAGAAAGACGACUCCCCGAGGAACCCUUUCAUGCAAUUGUCCCACGAUGGGACGGUCAUGUCUGAAGAGGGCAUGAACGUGAUCAGCACCUGCAAGAUGGACAUCCACAAGUUCCCCUUUGACACACAGAGCUGCAACAUCACCAUCGGUUCUGCAGUGUACUCCUCCAACGAAAUCCGUCUGUUUCCUUCCUCCAACUCGUCUCGGGCCACUCAGUUUUCCCGGGAGGUGAUGCAGACCCAGGGCGAGUGGGUGUUCCUCCACCUGUCCAUCACCAGGGCCAACUUCACCCUCAAUGACAGACUGUGGGAACAGCUCAUAUACACUGUACAGGCUCCUUAG